AUGUUCAACCUCUCAAAUCUGGUCCAAAAGGCUCAGUCGGCUGCUCAGCAGCUGAUUGAUCCAAUGUCAGGUCUGAAUCUCACCAGUUCCGAUAGAAAUCCUGCCAAGUCGACCCUUUUCCAGCACCAGUUUCGGCUCCCGAGCACACAGACGCCCCUGUACGAGAUUGCUGCCGAAUUGACCAUUCCCCCGUCAAACGUUACCCAGGGCGAAAAGGAUAGAGAACGAGGCUGGCACUAUGUCGGAAAGCUACACCUGUCGGAAGCCUACAUCUGCUUUUCCACGACGCCAACCAGCUUUGUCAGCGGUGCCAGCACAGCGGCGUCGUCAGCCUUUACGGGCCAGACUCAUGGCGGUGGUCCCAGCGGUAAUGGCUUCACCUUCCCACUCUGUGCCAUCCGUCGAGUAGAGCGACUCAACAGCCAAAACUUCCAAUUCGCCCUUGCCAUUACGACUUGGAACGGUAUCACACAAGAGGAAGCAAAGGAAAAGGACAAGAGUCAACUCAAAGAGCAGCGUAUAACGAUCCAGCUUGCCGGGAGCCGACAGGCCUGCGAAAGGUUCUGUGAUGGGCUCAAGAAGGGAUUGCGAGCCGCCGUAGGACACGUGGGUAAACUCAAAAAGGUCGUUUCUGAAAACUAUUCUGAAUACCUUCUUCGGCCUGAAGGCAAAAAGGGCGACAGCCCGCCAGAUGCUGGCCUGGGGAUGCUCUUCCGUUAUCCGGGAGAUCCCAAGAAGCUCAGGGACCGCGCCAAAAUGAGGCUCUGGGCUGAAUAUCUGCGCGACAAUGGGAGAAACGCUACACUGAUCCGCCAGCCCACCUUCCACAAGCUCAUUCGAGUCGGUCUACCAAACCGCCUGAGAGGAGAAAUGUGGGAGCUGACGUCCGGUUCCAUGUACCUCCGCCUGGAAACGCCGACAUUGUAUACCGAUACCCUCGCCAAGUUCUCUGGAAAGGAGUCUCUAGCGAUUGAUGAGAUUGAGAAAGAUCUUAACCGCAGUCUUCCCGAAUACCCCGGAUUCCAGACCGAGGACGGUAUCGGAAGACUACGCCGUGUUCUGACUGCCUACAGUUGGGUCAACCCCGAUGUUGGCUACUGCCAGGCUAUGAAUAUUGUGGUAGCCGCGCUUCUGAUUUACAUGUCCGAGGCCCAGGCCUUUUUCUUGCUCUCCACACUUUGCGACAGGCUGGUUCCAGGAUAUUAUUCCACGACCAUGUACGGUACCCUCCUAGAUCAAAAAGUGUUCGAGUCUUUGGUCGAAAAGACCAUGCCGGUUUUGUGGGAGCACCUUGUCAAGAGUGAUGUCCAGCUUUCAGUCGUCUCUCUUCCUUGGUUCCUCUCCUUGUACAUCAACUCAAUGCCUCUAGUCUUUGCUUUCCGUGUUCUCGACGUCUUCUUCGUCGAAGGCCCCAAGGUCCUUUUCCAGGUUGGCCUCGCCAUUCUGCGGAUCAACGGCGAAGACUUGCUGGAUGCAACCGAUGAUGGCGCAUUCAUCUCAGUCUUGAAGGGCUACUUCUCGCGCCUGGAUGAGUCAGCGCACCCGAAAUCAGAGAACCCCAAGCUGCGGGCAAUCAAUCGAUUCCAGGAACUCAUGGUAGUGGCAUUUAAAGAAUUCUCCGGAAUCACCCACAGCAGCAUUCAAGAUCUCCGGCUCAAGAACAAGGACGCUGUUCUCAAUAACAUUGAGAACUUUGCCAAGCGAACAGCCAUUCGUAACCUCGGCCCCGACAGCAAGCUUCUCAACCCCGAAGAGCUGAGUGCACUAUACGACAGAUUCUAUGGAGUUCUUUACGAGCGACAGCAGCGAGAUCGCAUCAUGCAAGAAGAGAAAAUACGCCGUGCCAAGGCUCACAGAGCAAAGCUUUCGGUUUCGGGCGUCUUUGUAGACCAGCAGGAUACCGUCGUGGAAAGGGGACGUGUUGGACUAGGCCCAAGCACCAGUUUGAUGGACUACGACGCUUUCAGAGAGUUUCUUGCCGCAAUGUCCAAAUGGGCCGUAUCAGAUACCCCCAAAUCGCCUGUACGCGACCAGUUCCCAGACAAGGACACGAAUGCCUAUUUUGGCAGCUUCAGAAAGUCCAACAACAAUCUACUCUCUCCGUGGGGCGGUGGCCCAGAGCCUGCUGACCACGAGUUCAUGCAAAGACUAUUCAAACAAUGGGAUGUGGACUCGAGCUCAUCGCUGACCCUGCAGAAUGUUGUGACUGGGCUAGCUCAGAUCAAGGGAAAGCGGGACAUUAUGGGAACCAUAACGUAUUUCUUUGAACUAUAUGAUGAUGAUGGGGAUGGCAAAGUGGAUCGUGAAGGGAUCCUUCGCAUCUCCGAGGCUCUGCUGUUCCUUUCUCGCCGAGGACUCGAAGGUUCGCUCAGUGCGUCCAGUUCGAAUCCAGCCUUGAGCACGCUUGUCGAAGCGAAUGGACCAGGCAGUCCGCCAAUUGGCGGAACUGUCAACGAACGAUUCCUUGGCAGUGUAAGUGCUUUCAUUCGGAGAUGCUUCGAGUAUGCAGACCCGGAUCACCCCAUCAACCAGGAUGAUAUCCCAAAGGAGUCUACGAGCCACGCUGAACCUUCAUCCGACGAGGGCCCGACGGCUGACCCAAGUGCCUUUGCCAUUGGCGACGAUGAGGAUGAGGAUGAAGAUGAUGACUUGCUGGCUUUUGAUGGACCCAAUGACAGCGACGGGGCGAACAAGAAGAAGGCAGUUUUGGAACCAAACCCGCCAGCUAUUGGCAAGCCAAGCGACGGCAAUGAGCUUCAUCGAACUGUAUCCAAGGCACAAUCGGAAAAGGCAAACGCGGCACUUGACCCUUCGAACCCAUUGUACAUGACAUUACCUACAUUCCGCAUGGUUGUGCUUGCCGACGAACUGCUUGAACAGUUUUUCGAAUCUUCAUUCCCAAGCUCGAUACACGUCAUCGAUGGUCUUCCCACCUCUGCCGCACCUGCAUCGGCAUUGACAACCUUUUCCAGCUUUAGCCGCGCUGCGGCCCCAACACUGCCCAUACCCCCGGCCGGCGCCGGUGGCCAGACACGUAGCUUACGAAGCGUAUUGGACAACAUUGUCACGGAUGCCUCACGAGUAGCGGCCGAAGUCCGCCGCCGCAUGGAGGAGGCCCAGCGUGAGCUGGAGAAGAAUGCUCUGCCUGGUCAACGUGAUGAGGAUGAGGAGGACGAAGACGACAUUCAGGGGAUCAGAUCUGCCGUUGCAGACCCCGAACGCCGCAGCGUACGAUCGACCGAUCGGGAUCUGUUGGAUGGAGCAGACGCCGAAGCCGGAGGCUCCAAAGGUCAAGAGGGUACGCGUCAGACUUUGAUCGAUACUCAAGAAGCCCCAGCAGGGCAGUCACGUCCAGCUACGCAGGAAGCGAUUGUAGAGUUUGAGGGAUGA